CGGAGAGAGACCUUGUGCGCUCUCCAAAAAGGGAAGAGAGGCAGAGCGGGAGAGUGCGCGCGCGCAGUGUUGCUUUGGAAUUCAUUUUCCGUUGCUGCCGCAGCUAAAACAGGGUGGCAACUCAGCGGAGCAACAACUGAAGAACCUUCGUCGCGAGCAUUGAAAACAUUGCAGUCGCAGAGCAUAAAAAAUGUUCUGCAAACCAUGGUUUAUUAGUGAAUAAUAACAUUCGCCAGUUAUUUUUACUUGCGCCAAGCAACGCCUCAUGCAAAGCAUCGCAAAAUGGCGCUUAGAAUUUGGAUAAGAAACGAGUGACGGCAAGCUUACGUAAGUGCAGAAGGCAACAACAACGUUGGAGAAAGAGAGGAAACAAGUUGCUGGGAAGAAACAGGGUGUUUCGUUCCUGCCCAGCCAUGUGGCUGAAGGGGUAAUCAGACCAUAUGAGUGAGACACCCUGUUUCCUGCCACAGAGAGCGGCCGAGCGGGAGAGCAGCGCACCCAUACAGGAACAACGAGUAUACAGCGGAAAGCGACGUCGGCAGCGCGUUAGCCGACUAUUGCAGUACAUAACGAAAUCGACGAAACCGAAAAUCAGAAACCAAACGGACCACUAGCGAGCUACAACUCUGCCACGGCUACACUUUACUUACUGAUGUACUCCUCCACUGCCUCGCUCGCCGACACACUCACACAGACACAGCCGCGUGCGUGUGGAGAGAGGAAGUAAAAAAAUAAAUAUGAAGAGGAAAAAAAAGCAAAGUGCAUCUCACCAUGACAAUGGCGGAACCAUAAAAACACAUGUUCCCAUCUUGAAUCGAAGCGACUUCGGUGGCCCACCUCCUUCGAAAAAAGAAAAACAAUAAAACGGGCGAAAAAAUCUGUAUACGCGAAAAAGUUGAGCUGCUGAAACAUGGAAACCUUGCAGUUAUCGAUUCGCCUCGCUCAUUGCGCAAUGAAAGGUAAAGGCCGCGGAGAGAGCCUCUCUCUUAUCGAGGCACCUGCAACGACGGUAGGAAAUGCAAAUCCACCUUCCACUUUCCAGCUCAAAAGUUCAAAGUUCAUUUGCAACUACCAACUGGGUGCAGCGCAUGUCCGAGGUGCACCGAAAUCCCCGGACCGAGUAAAGGGAGCAACAAAGCUGUUCGCCUUCCAGGCGCCUCAGGAAGAUUAAUGGCUUGGAAUUCUGCAGAUGGAAAUGUAUACCAUAUGUGACGUUGAUCGAAUAAAAAGUGCCUGCAGUUAUAUCAAGACGGCCACGGCCACACAUGCCAACUAGUUGGGUAUUCAUGUGUCACAUGCCCUUAAAUUCCCCUUUUGUAAUGUAAUGUGUGCCUAUCCAAAGAGAGUCUGCUACAUUUAAAACAGAAUUGUGGUUUGAAUUGAAUUUGCUGAGAGAGAAAAAUUUCUAACCGUAUUAAUUGAAAACUUUUCUUUACAUUUGGUUUUGGUUAUUUAUUAAAGAAAUUACAAGUUCCGAACAAAUAUAGCAAUUUUGCUUUAUCUAUAUCCGAAAAAUAGUUGGUCGAAUUGGAAACAAAAAUGUGUUAUAUUUGAACAUAGAAAAUAAUUUUUUUUUGUAAAUUUACGAAUUGACCAAAUUUGAUACAAAGGCAAACGAUUGAAUUGUUGAGAUUAAAUAAAAAGGAAUCGUCGGAUUGAUCAGAUGAA